AUGGCUUCCACGGCCUCUAAUCAAACGGGUAGGCGAGAUUUCCCGCCUGUCCGCGCCUGCAUCUUUGAUAUGGAUGGUCUCCUCAUCGACUCGGAAGAUGCCUAUACGUUGGUAACAAACACUAUUCUGCGAGAAAACGGCCGUCCUGAUCUGCCGUGGCACAUUAAAGCCCAACUCCAAGGCCGCCCCGGUCCAGCCGCGGGGAAGAUCUUUCACGAAUGGGCACAACUACCCAUCUCGCGCGAAGAAUUUCUGAAGCGGCAGGUCGAAUUACAAGCCGAGGCAUUCAAGAAUUGCAAACCUCUUCCCGGUGUAGAAAACCUGUUGCGACGACUGCAGAAAAGUCACACCAGGUCAAUGAGCCCGAGUGGCGGGAAUAGAAAGAUCAGAUUGGCGUUGGCGACGAGUUCGCAUUCGAGAAACUAUGAAAUCAAGACGGCCCAGAUCAGAGAGCUGUUCAAUGCUUUCCCGGACGGGCACAAGAUCUUGGGCGAUGAUUACCGUAUCCCCAAGGGACGAGGAAAGCCCUUACCGGACAUUUAUCUAUUGGCGCUGCAGGCGAUCAAUGAGACAAUUAUGGCGGAAGGAGACGGUGAGAGGCCUAUAGAGCCGCAAGAGUGUCUUGUAUUCGAGGACAGUGUGCCUGGUGCCGAAGCCGGGCGGAGGGCAGGCAUGAGAGUUGUUUGGUGUCCUCAUCCCGGGCUGCUAGACGUGUACAAGGGCAAAGAAGAGGAAGUUUUGGCGGGUCGAACGGGAGAACAUAAGGAGGACGAUCUAGAUCAUGCGGAGGGGAUCCCACUGGCAGGAAGUCCAGGCCAUGUGGGAGACAUCCAGGAUGGGUGGGCAGAAAUGCUGCCCACUCUGGAAGAUUUUGACUUCUUCAAGUACGGAAUCGAGCUCUCGGAAAUGAGGUACACUUCUGAGCAUGGUCAGCCCGCGGUCGAUCGCACAACGGACAAGGAGUUGGAAGAAAUGACUGCUCUGGCGGACGGAAAAAAGCAUGCACCCGAGGAACCGUUGCCUUCACAAAUCCGGGCAGUGGGUAUGUUGUGA